AUGCAGUCGCCAAACCCAACACCUCCUGAAUUGCAGGCCUUGCAACGGGUGAUAAAGGGCUCGAAAUGCAUACGCGACCCGCUACUUGACCGUGCCCGCGGGCAUGCGUCUCAGAAACACGCGAAGCCGGUUUAUAAAGAGUUCACAUAUGCUACUGGCGAGACAAUAUCGGAUCCACGACUGCAGAAAGGCGGCCGGCUGGCGUAUAUCAACACUGAUUACCACCUCCCAAGGUCACGGUUUCGGCCGUCUCUGGAGAACUUACGACCAUAUGCAUAUGACGUAAAGACUUCGAUUGGCCCAGGGCCACCAACUCAGAUCCUCGUCACAAGAUAUAAGCCGCUAGUUCCGUUCCACAAAGUAACGGCAGUUUUUCAGGAUUUUGGCAGCAUCGCUGCUUCAAGCAAUAAAAUGCAUCCAGAAACAGGUAGCCCCCUGGGAUUCUGUACUAUUAGGUUCGCUGAUUCGACCCGGAUACGCGCUGGUCAAAGGGCUGUAUCUGGUGCCGAUGCGGCGCGGAGAGCUGUCAACGCGCGUGGACUGAAAGUCGAAGCCGAUAUGAUACGAGUACAAUUCGAUCCCGAUGGUCAAAAGAGUCGACAGAUGAUGGAAGAUUAUAUGCGCCGAGAAAAAGAAAAGCUAGACCGAGGGCGCCGCGAUGUACCAGCUGCAGGCACACCAACUGGGCCAAAGUCAGGUACAUCUCAGGAAUUCAUUCGACCACCACCGACGGCACCGAAAGGGCCAGCUUCGCAACGCGUAUUUACAGUACCAAGUACACCAUCUGUGGUCGCGACGGUGAACGAGCCUCGAAACCUUGCGACACAACUUAUUAAUGACCCUUAUAUCUUUGUCGACACCGAAAGCGUCCCGCCGAUCCCGAGUAUUAUCCCACAUAUGAAGAAAAGGUUAAAAAAUUAUGCUUUCGAGGACAUUCUUCUCGAUAAGCAAGCCGGUUACUAUAUUGUUUUCCGCCAAUCUCUUAAUGGAGAAAAAGAGGCAGAGCGGUGUUUCCGUGCAGUGAACCACACCGAAUUCUUUAACUAUAACAUGUCUAUGCAGCUUUGCGUACCUCCAGCGAACCCGCUGCCUCCACGAAAUCGACGAACACCAAGCCCUGAGCGGCCGACAGUUAGGAAACCUGUCAAGACGAAGGACGAUGAGGCGCGACGACGUCGUAGAGAGGAAGAGGCCGACAUGGAAGAAGAAAAGAAGCAGCGUGCUAAGAAUUUCGAUCCAGUCAAUGAAGCCGUCGAAGCUGUCCGGCGUGAGAUGACGGAACAUCUUAUUCGCCAUAUCCGAACUCAGGUUGCAGCUCCUUAUUUGCAAGACUUCCUCGAUCCUUCGAAUCAUCUGGCGAAUAGAAAGAAGUUUAACAUUGAUAUCGUUGACGACGAUGAUGAUGAUGAGGGCUUCAACGUUGAGAAGGUUAAAACGAGAAUCGGCACUCCAAACGCCAGAGCUGAUCCGAUUGAGCGACGUACGAGCCGAGCUGAAAUCAAAGCACUGCCUAAGAUCCGCAAAUCGAAAGUCAAAAGUCAGCCACCCCAAAAUCGGUUUAGAGACCCGUUUGCUCGGAAGCCAAUCUCGGCUUCUAAGCCAGCUUUCCGCUCUCUUCACCAUCGCCUAAAGAGUUUUGACAGUGACUACGAGUCGGAUGAUGAUGCUGAGAUCCAAGCGGCUGCUCUCAAAGCUGGAGACGUCACUCGUCCUCACAGCCGCCUUAGCAGUGAUGACGAGGCUACUAAAGAUGACUUUGUCAUGUGGGACGAGCCAGAAGAUGACUCUAUGACAGAAUCUAGUGUUCAAUUCCACCCAUCCAAAAAACGCAAGAAUGAUCAAGCAAAUCUGCUACGCCAGAAGCGAUUGAAAACAGCAAGCCACUUGCGGUUUGAUAGCGCGGAUGAUCGGUCAACGCGAGAUAACUCUGAGGAUAUUGGUAUUGAUGGCGACGUUACAGACCAUGAAAGUAGGCUUUCCCGCUCCGAGACCCCCAUACUUCCCAGCAGUAAAGAGCAGCGACGUCAAGCGCUAAAGGCUGCGAAGCUUCGUCGAGACAGUGACCAUGAUAUGGAUAGCCCUCUCAACGCUUCAACAGGUGCGCCGAUAGAAGGCGUAGAAUCACUCGAUGACGACACAGCCGCAGCAGUAGUCCAGCGGAAGAAAGACCGGCAGGCCAUCAUGGAUCGAUACAAUGACAAGAUCUUUGCUAAAAAGCCUCUCACACCCGCUCUGAAGCUUGCCGAUGGCUUCAAGCUCGACAUAACAACUUUGCAACACCUCUCCUUAUAUGGCACGGAUAAGCCAGAUACAGGCAGGCUAGAAAAACGAUUUCAUACAGCUUCCAUUGGUAAUCCGCAACUGUGGUUAUGGAGAGCACAGCGCGUGCGUGAGCUAAAUGCCUCAGAAGACACGCCGAAUGAGCCUAUCUCGAUUGAAGGAUACUACGUUCCCAACCCCUCCGGGUGCGCUAGGACUGAGGGAGUCAAGAAGAUUCUCAAUUCUGAAAAGUCAAAGUAUCUGCCACAUCACAUCAAGGUGCAAAAGGCCCGCGAGGAGAGAGAGGCCAACGCCAAAAGUGGCAAAGAUGCUUCUACAGCUGCUGCUGAAGCCGCCAAGAUGGCUGCUGAGAAGCUCGCCAAGGGCAACUCGCGUGCAAACAGGGCAACCAACCGUCGCUACGUGGCUGAUCUCAAUGAUCAAAAGAAGACACUGGGACAGGACUCUGAUGUCUUCAAGUUCAACCAACUGAAGAAGCGUAAGAAGCCCGUCAAAUUUGCUCGCUCAGCUAUCCACAAUUGGGGUCUUUAUGCCAUGGAGAACAUCAACAAGGACGACAUGAUUAUCGAGUACGUCGGCGAAGAAGUCCGUCAGCAAAUCUCCGAGAUCCGUGAGAAUAGAUAUCUCAAGAGCGGCAUUGGUAGCAGCUACUUAUUCCGAAUCGAUGAAGACACAGUCGUCGACGCGACAAAGAAGGGUGGCAUUGCAAGAUUCAUUAAUCAUAGUUGCAUGCCAAACUGCACCGCCAAGAUUAUCAGGGUGGAAGGUAGCAAGCGCAUUGUCAUUUACGCCCUGAGAGACAUUGCCAUGAACGAAGAGCUUACGUACGAUUACAAGUUCGAGAGAGAAAUUGGUAGUCUGGACCGUAUUCCCUGUCUCUGCGGAACAGCCGCUUGCAAGGGAUUCCUUAACUAA